AUGAGCAUGGCGGAGAGACUGGGAAAAGGUGGUUCAGAGAUGGAAAGAAGGUGCAAAGAGUUCUCGGAUUGGGUUAAUAACAAUCAGCUUAUUGAACUCGGUUUUUCAGGCCUUGAAUUUACUUGGUGUCGAGGCCUAUCUCAAGCAACUUUUAAAGCUGCUCGCCUAGACAGAGCUUUGGUGAAUGAUGAGUGGAGACUUUGCUUCCCGGAAGGAGUUGUUUGUAAUUUGACCAAGUUGACUUCUGAUCAUUGUCCAUUGCUCAUUAAUACCAAUGGUUUUGCGCCUAUCCCAACAGCCCUUAAACCUUUUAGGUUUCAAGCUGCGUGGAUCAAACAUGAGAAAUUCGAGGAAUUUGUGUCUACCUCUUGGGAUCAUAAUUGUCCAAGAGAUGUUGCAUACCAUGAGACGGAAACAAGGGAGAGUGGGCUAUAUGGCAGUGAAGAUUGA